AUGGUCAGCAGUCGCACCGGCUCGCCCGCCAGCCACUACAACAACAAUCUUACUGGUUCCUCCCGAGCCAGUUCCAAUUACAGUUGGCUCGUGUUCAUGAAUGAGAAAUGGGUGCCAUUCGAUGUACAGAAUCAACUCAAGUUGGAGCAGACAUUAACGCUGGGCGGUACAUUUGUUGAUAUUUGCGAUUCCCAUUUUCCAGACAUGAAGCGCGUACGAGCAUUCCCAAAAAACAACUAUCUCAGUUAUUUGGGAGUCAAAUACCGGUUAUCGCGGAUAGUGCAACCGGAUGUAGAUGUCUGGGUGAACCGUACGGCAACCACUGACGAGGCAUGA